AUGAUUUUCUUUCUAAAUGGGGGUGCUAGAACUGAAAAGACCUUUUUGUACAAUACUGUUGCCACGAAAUGUCGUAGUCUUGGACACGUCGUAGUCAGCGUUGCUUCAUCUGGUAUCGCUUCAUUAUUAUUAGUAGGAGGUCGCACUGCACAUUCAACAUUUUCUAUUCCAUUGGAUGUGUUGGAAGACUCAUUUUGUUCGUUUAGCAAGCAAUCUUUACAGGCAGAGUUGUUUAGAAAAACAAGGUUGAUUAUAUGGGAUGAAGUUCUUAUGCAACAUGGAUAUUGUGUCGAAACAGUUGAUCGCAUACUUCAAGACAUUUGCGAUAAUAAUAAGCCAUUUGGGGGUAUCACUAUUGUUCUCGGGGGAGACUUUCGACAAAUUCUACCAGUUAUACCAAAAGGAGUUUGCGAGCAAAUUAUGGGAGCAUCGUUAAGACAUUCUGUACUAUGGAAUGGUAUGCACAUUUUGACAUUGAGUUUGAAUGUGCGCUUAAAUAGCAUAGACCUUGCGAAUUCAAAUUUUGCAGAAUUCUUGAAUGAGGUGAUUCUUUAA